UUGUUGUUGGGCUUCCUGUGGCCUGAGCCUGCGCUUGGUCAGCAGUUUGUUAGUUAGACUAGCGGCCAUUUUGUUUUUUCGCUCGCUUUAUUGUAAGCACUGUUUUAUGUUGAGUAAAGCCUUACUAUGGUCACUACAAUUUACUCAACAUAUUGACAAUAAGACAUGGACACUGUUCUGAAGCCUCACCGUCUGGACCUGGAUCCAAACUCGCCCACAGCGGCAAGAGAAUGGAAACACUGGCUGAAGACGUUUGAAAACUUUAUCGCUGAAUGUGGGUCGAGGGCCCCGGAUCGCUACAGAACCCUUAUCAAUUAUGUUUCGCAUAAUGUAUACGAGUACAUCGAAGACUGCUCAACGUACGACUUAGCCAUCCAAGUACUCAAACAGCUGUUUAUAAAGACACCUAACGAAAUAUUCGCCCGUCACCUUCUUGCUACACGACGGCAGAAGACAGGAAAGACACUUACCGAAUUCAAGAGCUGAGAAGACUAAGCAAGGAUUGCAAUGUCAAAGCCGUAUCAGCUGAACAGUACCGAGAGGAGCUUAUACGUGACUCUUUCAUAAACGGCCUAAACUCCCCGUUCAUCCGGCAGAGGCUGUUGGAAAACCGAGAGCUUGAUCUAAAGACUGCUUUUGAUCAGGCGAAUGCUCUUGAUCUGGCACAGAAGAACUCGGAUUCAUACAGCGUACCACUCCAAACAGCGUCUGUCUCUGCGGUCCCAGAACAGAUAGAAGCUCAGAACCCUGACCAUGAAGUUCCUGUCACCGCUGCUGCGUAUAGGCCGUCCAAGAGAUGCUACUUGUGGCGGUCCGCUGCAUAACCGCAAAAACUGCCCUGCCAAGAACUGCUCUUGCAAUAACUGUGGAAAGGGAGGCCACUAUGCUAAAGUUUGCAAGUCAAAAGGGGCUGCAAAAGGAACAGCCGCCUCCAUCUGCUCGAUUUCUGCCGCGUGCCCUGAGAGUCUAGCUCAGGCUUCUGUGGAAGCCAGUAUUGCAGGCCACUCACUGACAGCACUUCUGGACACUGGCAGCUCAGGGAGCUAUAUCAAUGAAGGGGUAGUCCAACGCCUCGGGCUACAGGUGAACAAGUCAACAGUACAGAGUGUAUCAAUGGCUCUUAGCUCUAUCACAACCCAAGUCACUGGCCAUUGUCUAGUAGACCUCACAGUCAAGGAACACACGUAUCCCUCUGUUCGCCUUGGUGUUCUGAAGAAUCUAUGCAGCGAUGUCAUACUUGGACUAGACUUCCAGCGUAGUCACAACAGCGUAAUAAUCCAAUUUGGCGGCACACAGCCCGACCUGAAGAUCACCCAUGAGGCGCCUGCCUGUGCCCUCUCAGCAGCUGAGAUGGAGGAACCAUCACUAUUCGCCAACCUACUCCCAGAUUGCAAACCCGUAGCGAGCAAGUCAAGGCAAUUUGGGAAGGAAGAUCGAGAAUUCAUAGAGCAGGAAGUCAACAGCUUGCUGUCGGAGGGCAUUAUCGAGCCUAGCACAUCCCCCUGGAGGGCCCAGGUUGUCGUCGUGAAAGACCCACUACAGCGUCACAAGAAGCGCCUCUGCAUCGACUACUCACAGACUUGUAUACGGAACUGGAUGCCUACCCACUACCACGUAUUGAUGACAUGGUCAACACCCUCGCCAAUUAUGAAAUGUUCUCUACGUUCGAUCUAAAGAGCGCGUAUCACCUGGUUCCCAUCAAAGAAACCGACCGCAAGUACACUGGUUUUGAAGCCAAUGGCAGGCUUUACCAGUUUCGUCGCAUUCUAUUCGGAGUUACUAAUGGUGCUGCAGUUUUCCAGAGGGCUAUGGACAAGUUCAUAGACGAAGAAGGUCUCAAGGACAAAUUUCCAUACCUAGAUAACAUAACAGUAGCAGGGCGUAAUCAGAAGAAGCAUGAUGAGAAUGUCCGAAAGUUCCGAGAGGCGGUGCAGCGCCGGAACCUUACCUUGAACGAAAGCAAGACCAUAGAGUCAAAAUCAUCUAUCAAUAUACUUGGUUACUGUGUCGGCAGGGGAGUAAUCACACCAGACCAAGAAAGACUCCGCCCCCUGCAAGAGUUCCCGCCUCCCCAGAGCUCACAGUCACUCAAAAGGGUUGUAGGAAUGCUAGCCUACUACGCCAAGUGGAUACCGAACUUUUCUGACAAGAUACAGCCACUAUCACAAGCCACAACGUUCCCACUAAAUGCAGAAGCUCUAAAUGCCUUCAACGCACUAAAGAAGGAAUUGGAGAGUGCCACUCUUCACUCUAUCGACGAGAGUGUACCAUUUGAAGUGGAAUGCGAUGCCUCGGAGGUUGCUAUCUCAGCCACCUUAAACCAGGGCGGACGACCAGUCGCCUUCAUGUCUAGGACACUGCAAGGAAGCGAAUUACACUAUCCUCCAGUCGAGAAGGAAGCCAUGGCAAUCAUUGAGGCAGUCCGCAAGUGGCGUCAUCUUCUAGCAGGUCGUCACUUCACCCUGGAGACUGACCAGCGUUCCGUGGCAUUCAUGUUUGACAACAGGAAACGCACGAAAGUAAAGAACAAUAAGAUCCAAGACUGGAGGCUAGAGUUAGCGUCAUUCAGCCAUACAGUGAAGUACAGGCCUGGUAAGGAUAACGUUGCUCCCGAUUCACUCACAAGAGCUUUCACUGCCUCGAUGCCAACAAGCAGCCUCGCUGAGAUCCAUGCAGCACUGUGCCACCCAGGCGUAACCAGGAUGUUGCACUUUGUGAAGUCCAAGAACCUACCCUACUCUACAGAUGAGGUGAAGAAAACAUGUGCAGCCUGUAGGACCUGUGCAGAGCUCAAGCCACAGUUCUACCGACCAGAGGCCAGCGUCCUCAUCAAGGCCACACAGCCCAUGGAGAGGCUCAGUAUCGACUUCAAGGGGCCCCUUCCUACUUCAACUCAUAACCCAUAUAUGCUCACAGUGGUGGAUGAGUACUCACGCUUUCCUUUUGCCUUCCCGUGCCCGAACACGCACUCCUCCACUGUUAUCAAGUGCUUAGAACAGAUAUUUACUCUUUGCGGCACACCAAGCUAUAUCCACUCGGACCGGGGUGCCUCACUCAUCUCACAUGAGUUAAAAGAGUAUCUAUCAGCACGAGGGAUUGCAUCGAGCAGAACCACACCCUACCACCCCAUCGGAAAUGGUCAAGUCGAGCGGUACAAUGGUAUUAUCUGGAAGGCAGUACAGCUUGCUCUCAAAUCGUCGAAUCUACCAGUUACUAAAUGGGAACAAAUGCUUCCAGAUGCUCUCCACUCCAUCCGUUCUCUUCUUUGCACUUCAACCAACACAACACCACAUGAGAGGUUCUUCAACUUCCAACGCCGCUCCACGCACGGCACAUCGCUACCUACCUGGCUGCAGUUACCUGGUCCAGUACUGCUUCGCCGAUUUGUGCGUGCUAACAAGAAUGACCCCCUUGUCGACCAGGUUGAGCUGAAAGAUGCGAACCCUACAUAUGCACACAUCCAGUAUGCAGAUGGAAGGGAAUCAACUGUCUCUCUCAGGGACCUCGCUCCAUGCCCACCCCAGAACACUGCCCCACAGAUGAGUCAAGAGGGUACAUUCCAAGGGCAAGCAGCUCCUACUCCUUCGACUCCACCCACUGAUUCUGGUUUGAAGACACCAGCCCCCAUCCUUCCUGAUCCUGAUUUGGUGGCAGAAGUUGAGUCAGGCCCUGCUAAUCUACUGCGUCGCUCAACCAGGGAGAUCCGGCGGCCAUCACGCUUUGACUGUUAGCGCCCUGUAUGAUGCUUUGACUGUUAACACCCUGUAUGGUGAACUUUGAAUAUUUCCCCAGCAUUGUUACAUUUUAUAGGAGGGGAAAAUUAUAUGACAUUUGUUGUUGUUGGGCUUCCUGUGGCCUGAGCCUGCGCUUGGUCAGCAGUUUGUUAGUUAGACUAGCGGCCAUUUUGUUUUUUUCGCUCGCUUUAUUGUAAGCACUGUUUUAUGUCGAGUAAAGCCUUACUAUGGUCACUACAGUGAUAAGUAUGAAAGACUUUGUAAAUCAUCCAUCCAACAUCUUUCCCAGGAAGUAACACCACUGCUGCUAGAAAAUGUCCUUUCAAGAAUACACACAGGGUAGGCGGGACAUUUAUGUUUAUCUUAGGAAAUGAAACAACUACACCCAAUGCUAUGGAGCUUUUUUGUGUUAAAAUUUAAUAACCCAGGGGUUAUGGGACUCUCAUAAAACAGACAGGGAUGAUCGUCGGCAAAGUUUACCCCUGUGUGGGUGUGGUCA